AUGCUGGCGGCGACCACUCGCUUCGUUCCUCGGAGCGCGAAUGUCAGCCUCGCCCGACGAUGGGUCACCACGCUGCCAAACAACCCGCACAUUAAAGUGUUUGACAACCCUGCCUCGCCCGCUUCACACGUCCUCACGUACCUCGAGAGAAACCCUCCUUCGGCCUCGCUUGCCAUCGGCACAUGCACGCAGAUGCCGCCGACGCCUGCAUCGUUCCGCGAGAACGCUCGCUUCAUGGAUAUCCUGCGGCAAGUCGUCGAGGAGUACGGACACGAGGAUGAGGAUGUCAUCGCCCAGGCGAAGGGAUAUGCCGGCUCGGGAGGCUCCCAUCUCGGCUCGGCGGGCUGGGCUUCCUCUCCUCCGCAGCGGCCCAGCCGAGGAAGCGCUCGGAACCAGGCGGGAGGCGGCGGCAGGGGAGGCUGGGUGCACCUGAGCGAUCGCAGGAACCCGCCCGACUUUGGCAGGAUAGCGUGGCCCGAGGACAUUCUGGGCAGCGUCGAGGUGGACCAGAACGGGCGAGUCAUCGGUCGCGUGCAGCCGAGCGGAACGUACCGAGUCGUGACGAACGAGGGAAUAUUAGGGUUGAGCCCAUUCCUGAGGGAGAAGCUGGUGGAGAGGCUCAAGCUGGAGGAGGCCCGGGCGUGCGCCGGGGGGGAGCAGCCUUCCACUUGA